UUUCUCCCUCUCUCUAUUCCUCUACUACACUCUUUCAAUGAACCUCUCUCCCUCUCUCUCUCUCCUCCCCUUCGUUUUAUCUCAGGUGUAAAAAAAACAAAAAAACUUUUAAGCAGGAACAAUCCACAACUCGACCAACGGAUCGACUGGAGUGUCUUGGCCCGAUCGUCUUAAAAACCAAGGGUCCUAAUUGAGAUCCCUUCACCAUUUUACACACUGAUUGUGACCAACGGAUCGACUGGAGUGUCUUGGCCCCCGAUCGUCUUAAAAACCAAGGGUCUUAAUCGAGAUCCCUUCACCAUUUUACACACUGAUUGUAAAAUCAUUAUUAUUAACAAGAACUAAGGGUCGCAGGUGAAAAUGGCGUUAGAGGACAAGUUUCACGAUGCUGCUAGCCGCGGGAAUAUGGAUAUCUUGACGGAGGGUACGAAACGGGAACUGAAUCAGAUGAAUGAGGACGGCAUUACACCUACCCACUGCGCCGCUGCCUCUGGGAGCAUUGCCGCCCUGCGAGUUAUCUUGGGACGAGGAGGAAACCCUGAAAAGGCAGAUUAUUUGGGCCAGACCGCUCUGCACCAUGCAACAAAGAAGGGUCAUAUAGACUGUGUUACGUUUCUGGUCAACUGGGGCUGCAACAUCUGGGCACUGGAUAACAGCCACCACACUGCAUUUGAUGUUAGCUCAGUAAACAACAGGCGAGAUAUUAUGAAGUAUUUAGGUCAGCAACAAAACAUACAGCUCCUGAAAAAUCGGAAGACAACCGAGAAGAUGAAGGAGAAGGCCAUUGCUGAGUAUGACAAAAAUGUGAAACGCUAUGAGAAACUACAGCAGGAGGCUGCCAGAAAGGCCGAGGAAGAAAACCGAAAACUUCGUGAGAUGCAGAACAGAGGGCAGGGCAAUCCAACAGGUAAAACCACAAUACGGCAGAAACUGAAAACACUUGCAGCCCGCACAAAGACCCGACCGUCAGCUUUCCCUCACAGCACGACAGGACGCAGCGCUGUUCCAAAAAGUGACGUCUUCCACGAGACCGGGAACGUCACGGUUCAUUCCCCGAAGGGCAUCACACGGGGAUCAGAUGUGAUGUAUGUCAAUGGCCAACCCGAAUCGCAGAUGAGCAAUAGCAUAUAUGAGAAAGAGGAGCAGAAUUCGAAGGUGGCUGGAAUCUUUGAUCGGCCCGGUAUGGGCACGAUGGCAUUUUUUAAUAACCGCCAGGUGGCAGCACAUUCUUUGUUUGCCGGUGAUGAAUCCGAAAUAAGAGGCAAAGAACAAGGACAUUUUGCUAGUCGUCCAACUGCUUUACUCAGCGACAGCAUCAUAGGCGAUAUGCAGUACAACCCCAAGGACUUACCCUGGGACGACGAGAUCAUUGGAAACCUAGACGACGGCGAAAAUGGCCUCACAAAGUACUCGACACUUGAACUCUUUCUUGUAACUUACAAACUGGAGGACUACUUCGAUGUGCUCUCUCGUGAGAAGAUUGACCUUGAUGCCUUAAUGUUGCUGGAAGACGAAGACUUAAAGAGUCUUAAUGUAGAGUUGGGGCCUCAACGGAAACUGAAAAAUGCCAUUGAAAAGAGACAAAAUGUGCUACGUAACCCUGGGGCUAUGGUUGAUACACGAAUCUGAAAUCUGUAAAAUAUAUUCCAAUUAUAUUUUUUGAU